CGGUGACGCGAGGCGGGGGCGGGCGCGGCGAACCGCUACAUCUCCGGGAGAGUGAAGAAAAAUCGCAAGCCGUCAAUGGAUCUGGUGGUGGCGGGGCACGGCGAGGCCAUCGAGUGGCUCCUGACCAAACUCGUGGCGCUGCUUGCCGAGGACUACACUCUGAUCCAAGGCGUCCGUGGUGACGUACAGUACAUCACCGACGAACUCGGCACUAUGCAUGCGUUCAUUGGCGAACUCUGCCGCACGAAGCCCCAUGGCCACGACCUCCUGACGAGGGAUUGGCUCAAGCAGAUCCGUGAGGUCACGUACGACAUCGAGGACUGCGUUGACGACUUCGCCCACCGGCUGCAUCACGACCCCACCGCCGACCUUUGCUGCUGCUCAUUUGUCGCCUUUAAAAUCUAUGAGGUCUUGACAUGGUGGCCUCGCCACGAAAUAGCUUCUACCCUAUCUGAACUCAAAAUGCGGGCGCAGCAAAUCGGGGAACGGCGCAUCAGAUACGGCCUCGACAAUCCAAGGAUCAGCAGCGACAGACCCGGUGGAGCUGACAUUGGGUUCAAUGCCGCAGAGAAUCAGCAGACAAAGCUUGCGCUUGUUAGAACCAAGACACCCGUGGGAGUCGAAAGGGACAUGGAGAUGCUCGGGAAAUGGAUGCUGACAACUGAGGGGCCAGCAGACACCAUUGCACAGCAGCUUCCAAGCAGUAGCACCGUUGUCCCUGUGGAAGAACCUACUGCAGAUCCAACAAACCAUGGUGUGCUAUGCAUAGUUGGAUUGGCAGGGAUCGGCAAGACCACAAUAGCCAGAUCAUUAUAUCAGAACUUCAGUGAUCAGUUUGACCGCAGGGCGAUGGUCACAGUGUCACAUAAUUCUGAUGUAGAGGCAGUACUAAGGAGUAUACUCUAUCAAAUCAUGCCACAGGUCAGAGAAGGUACCAGCCAGCAGCAGUGGUGGGACACAUCUCAUGGCAGUAUUGGGGGCGGCGCCUCGAAGAAAGCACAUGAUAGACUACAAACAUUAAAACUUCAAAAACUCAAGAAAGAGCUUAAGGAGCACUUGGAGAAAUACAGUUACCUGCUCGUGCUGGAUGAUGUUUGGUCUACUGAUAUGUUGGGGCUGAUAAAGAAGUCACUGCCUAGAAGUGAGAAAGGUAGCCGAGUGAUUGUUACGUCAAGGUUCCAGGCUGUUGCCAGUGCUUGUGUAAGAAAUAAAGGAGAUUGUCUUUACAAGGCUGUAAUCCUCAGCGAGAACAAAUCUGAAGAAUUAUUUAUGGACAUCAUGGCUGAAGCUAAAGGUAGCCAGGAACAGCAAGAUAAGAGCAAAGUUAUACCUGCACACUGGGAAAUGUGCAUGAGUCUGCCAUUGGCGAUAGUUAUCAUGGCUGGAUAUGUUGCCUGCAACCCACAUUUUUCUGACUGGAAAUUAGUUUGUAAGAAUCCGACACCAGACUAUCUGAAACCUCUUUCCCAUGGUGGAUUAAUGAGCAUUAUUGAUAAUUGCUAUUUUGAUAUGCCAGCUGAGAUCAAAAGAUGCUCGCUAUAUCUCAGCAUAUUUCCAAGUGGUUCGCAAAAUAGCAGGAAACGCAUCUUAAGAAAAUGGAUCUCAGAAGCUCUUGUCAGUGAGAAACAAGGAUUGAGCGCAGAAGAGGUCGCAGAAGCAUGCUUCAACCAUUUGAUGAAGAGGCAGAUAAUUCGAGCUGUGAAGCACAGUAGCAAUGGGAAGGUGAAGAUCUAUGAAGUUCAUCACAUGAUACAUGAGUAUCUUGUGUGCAAGGCGGCCGAAGAAAAUUUUGUCACUGUGGUUGGUGGCCAGUGGUUGGUGGCACCAUCGAGUAAUAUGGUUCGCCGUUUGUCACUUCAGAGUGAUGGUUUGAAGACUGAGAGCGCAAAAAAUAACAUGAUCCUAUCCCAUGUGCGAUCGUUCAGCGUAUUUGGUACUUUGAAUGGGUUGCUCUCCAAGCCACAAAAGUUGAGAAUUGUGCAACACUUGGAUCUUGAAGGCUGUGCAGAUUUCAAACAAGAACACGCAAAAGUUGUUUGCGAACUUUUUCUUCUCAAGCACCUCAGCCUCCGUAGAACAGACAUCACAAAGCUUCCUAAGGAGAUAGGGAAACUUCAGUAUUUAGAGACCCUUGACAUCAGAGAAACUGGCAUAACAAAGUUACCCAAAACUAUUUGCAAGCUGGAAAAGGUGAAGAAUAUUCUUGGCGGGAACAAAAAGACACGGAAGGCAUUGAAGCUUCCUGGUGAUAUGAAGAAGAAACCAAUAAAAUCCCUCUGUGUCCUGUCAGGCAUCGAAAUUGUUGAAGGGCCAUCUUCAGUAGCAGAUUUCUGUCAGCUGACCAAACUGAGGAAGCUUGUAAUCUACAAGUUGAACAUCAAGAAUGAGGGUAAACUUUUCGAUGAAUUGAGGUCUUCUAUUGAAGAUCUUUGUGGUUACUCGCUCCAAACCCUUGUAAUUGAUGAUGGGUCUGCUGGUUUUCUCAGCUCAUGGGGUGAUCUCUCCUCCCCGCCCAAGUUUCUAGAUGCCCUUGAGCUGUCUUGCAAACUGCAGGCGGAAGUGGUCAAGCUCCCAAAAUGGAUCAUUGAACUGGACACACUGACAAAGCUAACCCUCUCAGUCGGGAUGCUUAGCUCAGAUGCUUUGGUGCAACUUAGCCAACUGAGGAAGCUGUUCUCUCUCACAUUUUCUCUUGAAGACGCAGAACAAGGUUCAGAAUCAGAAGCCACUUGCAGACAGAUCCAGCUUCACUUGGAGCAUCCUAACAUUACCAUGAUGAUCAUGGUUCCCCCUGGUGGAUUUGAGAGUCUAAAGCUUCUUCGUUUUUCUGCUCCUUACGUGCCAAGAUUGGUUUUUCUGGAGAAGGCUACACCGAACCUCGAAAGGCUUGAUCUACGGUUCUUUGCUUUCGAGGGAGUUGACUGUAUAGAACACCUCAAGGUUCUCAAAGAGAUGCACUUCAGUUUACACAACAAUGGAAGUAAGUGUACCAAAAAGCUGAUACAACAGAUUUCAAAUGAAGUACGACAAUGUGAGAAUGGACCAAAGUUGAUUGUCGAUCAGUACCAUUAGUGUCUAUGGAUGCAUGCUCAGCGAGGAACUACAACUGAGUGAACCGUGCCUGCUGGUGGUUGAUAGGGCUGCAGUUCCGACUACAUAUUGCUCCCGUCCUUUGUUGAUCUUUACAUCAGAUUCUGUUAGGAGUCUGUAUGGAUUACUUCUUGUGCUUUAUGUGUUUCCUUGUCCGUAUGAGCUUUGUAUACGGUGUGGUUCUUGAUAAUGAAAAUACAGGCUGAGCCCUCGGAUCUGAAGAAGUAACUUCUUUUACUUAGGAGGAGAACGUGGCGUUUGUUGAUGAGGUAGGCGUUUGCUGAUGAGGUAGUGACAUAGUGUGGUGGCGAAUGGUGAUACAGAUUUUGUUCUUAGUUGCAUGGCGUGAUGUGAAACUUGAUAAUGGUUUUUGUUCUUUGCUUGACUAUGAGAAAGGGCUUCGAUAGCUACCUUUUAAGAA